AGUGGAUAUAUUUCUGAUGUUUUCAACAAGUAAUCGUAAUCAGUCAUCUAAAAAGAGUCUCCUAGUAUAGGAGUCAAUGUCAUUAUCGCUGGCUUGAAAUGACCGAAAAAGAAAGAAUUUAUACGCCUAUUCUUGCCUCUUUUAUAGCAGCCUUGGGACCUUUGAGUUUUGGUUAUUGUUUUUCUUAUUCGUCGUCUGCGUUAUUGGAUUUGAAAAGCGAUAACGCUGAUUCCUCUCUUCGUUUGACUGCCUCACAAGGAUCCUGGUUUUCUGUGAGUAAACCUUCUUUUUCUUUCGCUACUUUGACCACCACACACACCUUACAACCCCUACUUUAGUUAUUUUAUUUCGUAAUCAUCGAUUGUAACUAUAUUUUUCUUUCUAUGUUUUUGUCUGUAAAUAGUGUGAACCUUCAGUGUCAAGAUGUUAGUAAGGCCCUUUUGAGCCACCCAGGCCAACCGGAAGUGACCGUCAAGACAUAUUAAAGGGGAAGAGGCAUUGACAAAUUUCUAUUGCUAAGUGUCGUUACUCCUUUAGAGAUGAUAUUCCUCAAAAUAUGGCCAAAAUCCCUGCCUAAGAAUGUAAAAAGUCCCCUUCAGGCUGACCUACGUCGCUCCAUAUAAAAACUAUCUUCGCUCAACUUCCGAAAUUUAUACUGGAAGGAAAGUAAAAUAAUAAUUGAAAUAAGAAACAGCUAAAUCCACAGACAUCAAAUGGAAAUUUCAAAAUUUUCUAGAGGUUAAAGAGCAUGAUUACGUUAUCAUCUGCUCUACGUGAUUAGAAUAAGUUCAAGCUGGUCGACUACGUGACCUACACUUUAUGGGUGCGAGAGCCUGUGUACAGACUUCCCCCCUUCCUCAGAAAAAAGGGGGACGUCUGUACACAGCCUACGGUCGUCUCUAUUUGGAUCGCACGCGCAACCGAAGGGUGGCUCUCCCCUUGUCCGCCCUCCUCUCUUUAUAUUAAUAUAAUACAUAGAUUUUGCCAGGGCUAAAAGCGAACCUCUGGUUAAUAAUACUAACGUUGCAACCAAUAAAAAAUUUAAUCGUGUAAUGCUAAGCGGGAAGGGCAAUGAAAGUGGCAUCAAGAUCAAUAGAUGUGAUUAGCAAAAAAACAAAUUGCACGUGCAGCACGCCUUUUUUGUAAUUAGCAAAAAACAAAUUUGCACGUGCACCGCGCUUUUUGUCUUUCUUUGCCGUUGUUUUGCACAACUACAACGCUGUUUUGUAGGACUAAAACGUCAGACUUCCUAGUUACACGUUAUUUUUAUGGAGGAAUUGUCGUAUGUGCUUACUCAAUAUUUUGUCUCCUGUGUUCAUGUUCGCUUUUAUUUUUCACUGCCGCUCAUUUUCACUUUGGUGGCCGCUAGCAUUCUCAUUGUCUCACAGCCGCUUUGAAUGUUCAUGUUUUUCUUCCUACAAAAUUCGUCCGCUUUUUUUUUCAAUCACUCGCUCUAACUCUUUCUCUGUUAUCCACGUGAGUGUAAACAUCAAAAAUAACGCCGAAAAAGACACGACUUGGUUGUUUUUUCUUUCGAAAAGUCCUGCUGGCCAUACGAUUUCUUUCCAAAUAAAACCUUGAAUUGCAUUUGGGUUGCCAUACCUGUUGAUUGAAUUAUUUUACAUUGGUAUGCCUGUGGUGCGGACUAACGGUCGGUCGGGCGGUGUACGGUCACGUGAUUACCAAAUUUUCUCGGAUAGGUGGUUUACACAUUUUUUACUCAUAGUGCUCCACUGCGCGCGCUUCGCGCGCGAGAGCUCCGCUAUUAGACUGAGAGACGCUAGGGGACGAGUUAGGGCUAGACUGUGGUGCCCAUUACCAGCAUCGCAUUCAGGAGGGUUAGUGUCCCACCCCCCCUCGCCGGCAAAUCCUUUGGGGUGUUUACUUUUAAUGUGGUAUCCCUAUUCUUGAUAAUUUGUUUAGUUUUGACUGGUACUGAAAAGAUAUUUUUUUUGCACAGAAAUUCUUUCUAUUUUUUUUUCCACUGCAAAGUUAAGACUCGUAGGUAGCUACUUUUAAAAGUAGCUUGCAAAAUUUACUAACCGUCGCGGACGUCUCUUGCAUUACCCAACUCAGUCCUGAUCAGCUGCUUGUACUGAACGUGGUGAGUUCUUUUCGUAACCCUGCGAAUUUAGUUCAGACGUAUUUACUUUCGUAGCGGCACGUAAAAAAAUUAUAUUUUUAACUUUCGUACUGCGCACUGAUCCUUGUUAUUUCUCGCGCUUCCUGACUCAGGUCAGUGUAUUAGGUAGGCUGAGUUUCAAGCUUUUGUAAGAGGUAAGGGUAGAGGAGAUUUUAAGGAAAGAAGUGGAGAGGGAGGAAGAGAGGAAGGAAGGCCUUACACAAAAGCAUGCCUUUGAGUGUGGAAGGCUUCUGUAAAAGCGUCCUCAGGUAGUCUAAUAAGGCCUGGGACUAAGAGUGGAAAAUGAAUUAUUGGCUAUAAUUUCGGCUCCGAUAACGGAGCUCAUCUCAAGAUUUUAAAUGUUACCAUUUUGCUAAAAUGGUAAAUUAUUGACCAGUUGGUUGGCAGUUUAAGAAAAAAAAUCGAGCAAUAACAUUUUUCUAAUUCAUAUCAAAUAUUUACACUUAAUGUUUGAAAUGACCGUCCAUUGCACCUCAGUAAAAAUUAUGAGAGAAAACGUCAUUUUAAAUGCCCAAAUUUAAUCUUGAAUUAUUUAAAACUUUUAUUUUAAAGUUUGCAUACAUUCAUUCUAAACAUAGUCUCUUUCAGAAAUGACAAUUUGUUUUUCCAAACAAAGAAAAUUCGCCAAUUUCCUUCAUAUUGAAUUUUGGGUCACGUGACUUGUCACGCGACCAUAAUGAAAUUUUAAGGCACAAGAAAACCUCAAGAUUUAUUGUUGGGGAAAAAUAAUUAUUCUGUUCUAGGGUUCUUAGCGAGAGAUAUUGCCAAUCAUUCAUAUGCUCCGAACAAAAUUCAGGUCUAAUUCAGGGGUUUCUCUCCCGACUCUGUCUCCCCCUCUCGCUUCUCUCCUCGCAUCCCCCCAGAAACACCCGAAACUCAGGCUAUGCAUUUACCUAAUUGAGGACGGUUGCACACUGGUGGAGGUAACCCGGUAUAUAAAGAAUAUUGAGUGUUACCAGCGCCCUCUGUUUUCCUGCGAGACGACUAAACCAUGGUUCUUUUUUUGCAGUCUUUGCUCGCAGUUGGUGCUCUUUUGGGAGGUCCCAUUGGGGGAUGGUCCAUCGACAAAUAUGGCCGUAAGGGGACCAUCCUGCUAUGUGCAAUAUUCUUUGAGUUUGGAUGGCUUUUAAUCAUUCUUGCGCAGAAUCAUGCCAUGUUGUACGCAGGUCGUAUCGUCACGGGGUUGGCCUGUGGGAUGAUAUCACUUGCUGUUCCGGUAAGGUACUAAAAGACCCGAAUCCUCUGCUUACAUAGAAGCCGUGGUCGCACAAUAGAUAGGAGAAGUCGUUACGUCAUGUUACCAUGGUAGCUAAAUUUCUGGAUUUCAACAAACCGUGGUCCUUCUAAUAUGGCAGGAAAAACGAAAAAAUUGACAUGUAUGACUUCCCUGUGCAUGAUUGCCCUCAGGAACAAAACGGUAGCCCAUACAUACACGUUCGACAAUGCAAAUGGCCGUCUCUAUCAAGAUUUAGAAAUUUUGUUACCAUGGUAACGUGAGGUCACACUUCUCUCUAUUAGGCAGACUAAAUCUUAAAGUCGAGAAAGAACUCGUUGAUUUUUAGCUUUUUGCAGGCAAUAUUGAAAAAUAUCAGCCAUCAAAAAUGCAAAAUUGCUGGGUGGCACAAAUGUAAAGCUAUACAUUCUUUAUAAAAUUUUGAGUUUAUAAAAGCGAAUUUCUGGGAAGCAAUUUGACAUAUCGGGCUCAAAUUUUCAAAUAUUAUUUAUAUUGCUAUUACAAUAUUCAGAGGCGGUAUUUUAAGAAAAUGAUACGUAUAUGUUAAUGAGGCCAAAACAGAUUAGCUUAUGGCUCACUCCAGGGGGUACUUCCUAUAAUGGCCUAGACAACAGACAGUUAACAAUUAUUCCACGAGUGCGCGUUGGAUAUGAGAUGGUAGAUAGCCAACGAGGUGCGACUGGAAUAAUCGUUGUAUUAAAAGCACCCACCAAAUAUCGAGAAUUCUUCCCGACUUUUGUAAAAACAACCGAUUUUCAGCUUGUUUUUAACUUUGAUCAGACGCGUACAGUUACCAUAUUUGGAGAACAUGGUGUAAUGGCUCAUAUUCCAUGAUGGCUAAGCCAAUCAGAGCUCUAGAAUUGCAUUAUCCAAUGAUUCAGCUUUUAGUAAUAGACAAUAGACAAUAUUGUAUUUAGCCUAGCCGGGAGGCUCCGCCCGAAGGGGUAGUUUUUUUUAAGGCUUCGGGUAUAAGAAAGGGUUGAAAUUUCACUUGUUGAACCACAGUGGAACCCGACUUAUACGGAAACUGUCCAUAAUAUACGGGUGUCCGUAAAGCGGGGUUGCACUGUGUAUAAGAGGGUAGGGAAAUCUGUCACUUUGGUUGGUCAAAGGCCCAAAAGGACUAUCAGAUGCAUUUUAUGGCUGUGAAAAAGUCGAGAAAACGUUGUGGUUUUGUAAUUUAUUCAUAUUCUAGAGACAGUGCAUUUACAGCAGUUAAAGGAUGCAAAUUUCUAAAUUAGGUAUGUGAAAGGGAUACCAUUUGUUAAUUGCAGGUAUACGAAAGGGGCACUUUUUCUUUCAAAAAUGAUUUAUAAACGAUUAAGGAGCUGGACCUCGGGGCGGAGCCUCCCCGUAAAAACUUUGCUGAGUACCCCUUCCCACUCCCUGAAGGCCCAUUCCAGGCAAGCCAUAAGCGAAAACUCAAUAGCGAGCGCAGACACGAACAUUAAAGCUUGUAUUCCUCACUAACCGUUCUUGCAAUUUUUUUUCCGUUUCGCUCGUCGCUGAUUCAAGAUUCCCAAACUCACUAUGUCAGCUUUUGCUAAUUCACCCAGAAAUAUUGCACAACGUAGCGAUCUGUAGGGCUCAUAUGGGAAACGUAAGACGUUCGCGUUAUCUUAGAUGAGCUAACUUACACAUUUCUCUUGAUGCUUAGGUGUACGUUGCUGAAAUUGUUCCCGCACGACUACGUGGCAGUUUGGGUUCUAUUUUCUCAUUAGCAAUUUGUGCAGGUCAACUAUUGGCCUAUUUAGUAGGAGCUUUUUGUCACUGGAAGAUGUCGGCUCUUUAUGGCGCUGUUCCUCCUGCUCUCCUUGUCUUCCUUAUGUAUGCCAUGCCAGAGACUCCUCGCUGGGCACUCAUGAAAAAUCGACGACUUGAAGCAAUUGAACUUCUUCUGUGGCUACGAGGGCCGGAUGUUGACAUCGAGAAAGAGUGCUUAUCAAUUGAGUCUACUUUUGGUACAAAUUUGAUUUUUCUUAUUUAGUCAUUCGGAAUGAUAAAUGUGAUCUUUGUAAUUAUGUGGACCAAUACUGUCGACUCUCUCUUAACAGGCGCCUCCGUAAAACGGACAGCUAGAGUUGGUCCCUGCCUUUCUUUACUCCCUUUAUUUGACUCGCAAAAAGAUGGAGAUUGCUCUAAGACGGACACUUCUUGUAGGUCUCAAAGGUUGCUAUCUCAUAGAGAGUUGACUGCAGAGUGUCUUCACUAUUGUGGCCUGCAUCUAUGCAAAUUUAGUAUUGACCAAAUCAGUGAAUAGCAAGUUUCGCGCGUUUUUAUUGGCUCCCGUAACUCGGAUUAUCCUUAUCUAUUAGAGAACUCAAGAUCCGACGACGGCGACGGCAACGGGAACGUCACAAAAGCAAUAGGUUUAAUUAGCAAAACAACAAUUUUGCACGUGCUUUUUUGUACAUUUCUUUGCUGUCUCUGCACGACUACGACAUGAAAAUGCCUAAUUUCACCUUGUACAGAGGAAGUACACAAGCGACGACGAAAUUUCCUCUCUCUUUCUAAACUUGGAUAUGGUUCUUGGGAACUCAACUUUAGGAGGGUUCGCUUACAUUUGACAAAGUAAGUGACUUGGAGUAAUCGCAAUGAAGAUUGGAAGAACGCGAAUUCACUUUUUAAGCGACGUUUUCUCUGCCGUCGCCGUCCUGAUCUUAAGGUCCCUAUUCACUGUUUUGCGACCGGAGUCAAGAUGGCGUCUCGCUUCGGGACAUUUUCGAAAGACGAAAUUUGUUUGAUAAAUGUAGCAGUAAUACAAACAAAUACUAAGAAGGCGACGAACUUUGGCUUGUCGGUGUUCACUAGUUGCUAGAAAAUUAUUUUCAUGCUGAAUUUGCAACAAAAUCGUAAAAUGCACUUGACAAAAUCCUCGAAAUGUUUGUACACUGUAAACAAAGUUCCUACUAAGUGACGUUAUAUCUAGCUGAUAUGGUAAAUACCAAAACAACUGCCCCCCUCAGUGUCGGUGAACAGCGGUAGAUAUAUACCUCGACGAUUCGCGUCUCGGUAUAGUUACCAUUAUUCACCUCCUUGUAUGUUAUUCGAACAAAGAGAAACGUUAACGUAAGAAUUGAAAAGAGUUCAACUCGCGCAGGAUCUUUCUGAAACACCAAAAUGGCCGCCGUGACGUCACAUGAAAACGCUCCAAAUGGUGAAUUAAGGUUUGAAAGGAAUUCUUGCCGACAUAUACUUUUGUGACGGCCGGUCACAGUGUUUCAGUCUAGUUCCACACUGAAUUAUUUCAGACAAAGAGAACACAUAACCUUGAAGGCUGGGAAAAUUCAAUCAUUUGGUCUUCAUUCGAAGUUCAUAAAUAGUUUUGUAGAUAAACGUAAGGGUUAAUAGACCCCUUUAGUUUGUUUGCCUUGUUUUCCCAACGUAGCUAAUGUGAUAAUAUUCCAGAGAACUGUUUCUUUCAAAGUUUGUCGUAUUCCAAUGGUUAUGCAAAAUAUUGGGGGGUAAACAAGGUGCCUUAUGGUCCAUUUAAAAAUAGUGAAUUCACGUGCAUUUGUGCGCGUCAUUUAUGAAAAGACAAAGGGGAAAUUCCACUGAGACCUUCAAAGGGAAAACAAAACGUGCAAGCUUAAGAGGUGUAUUGAUGCGAGCCCUCAGGCGAGCUGUUCAGCUGUUCAUCUUUGGGGCUCCUGUGCCUCCUCGGGUGACCUGAUAUUAGCAAAAUGGGUCUUUCAGAUGAUUGUUUCUCAGAUGAUGUUUUAUUACCCAGUAUCUAAUCGCAGCAUUAUACUAACUUAUUAUUUGUAACCUCUAGUCUAUUUUUCUUUACUUUUUCUCCAGAAUGUCAGGAGAAGCUUUCAUUUCGUGAAUGGUUGUCACCAGCGUUAGCAAAACCUUUGCUAAUCAGCGUUGGAUUGAAGUUUUUCCAACAGUUUGGUGGAAACUCAGUGGUUCUCUUUAAUGCUGCUGGCAUCUUUAUGGUAGCCGGUUUUAAAAAUGGAAAACUUGUUAGCAUCUCUGUUGGCUUGAUCCGAUUACUCGGCGGCGCUUUGGCAUGCCUGAUAAUGGACAAAGCCGGACGACGAAUCCCUCUUCUAACAAUGGCAAUUGGAAUGUGCAUCAGUUUGUUAUUGCUUGGCUUUUAUUUCGAAAUCUACAUACCUCCCCCAGAUAGCAGCUCGUCCUCUAACACGGUAUCUUUAUUGGGUUCUAUCAGCCAUUCGAUGCCCGCAUCAAAGAUUAACUGGCUGUCCAUCGUCUGUGUAAUUUUGUUCAACUUCUUUUUCUGUUUGGCUUGGGGUCCAGUCCCUUGGCUUGUCAUGUCAGAGCUAUUCCCGAUGCGAGCCCGCGGUCCAGCUGUUUGUAUGACAGCAAUGGCUAAUUGGCUGUUUAUUUUCAUUGUUACCAAGUUGUAUGAUCCCAUGCAGUCAUCAAUAAGCAUCCAAGGGACAUUUUGGUUUUACGGAGGAUGCAUGUUUUUAGCGUUUGUUUUUGUUUACAAACUGGUUCCAGAAACAAAAGGAAAAACAUUAGAAGAGAUCGAGUCCCUGUUCAAGCCGCACAAAAACUCCUACAUGCCGAUUGGUUGAGAAAUUUGACAAAUGCCUUGGUGCGAUCUUGUUGCCAGGGUUCUCUCCUACUCGUCCUCGAUCCGCAAGGGUGAAGAAGAGAGAACGAUGGGAACGAGGUUAAUUAGUUCUGGCGGCCUUUUCUCGCGGCAGUAUAUUUCCAGUCACUGGCACCUUGAAUAACACCAAUACGCAAAUCUAAAACUUUCGCAUAAAUAAUAAUAACAAUAACAAUAAUAAUAAUAAUAAUAAUAAUAAUAAUAAUAAUAUAAUUUUUUUCGUAAUAAUAAUAAAACUUUAUUCAGCUUUGAAAAGGUGUACAUAAUUUACAGAAAUAUUUCAAGAAUUAAGUAAUAUUUAACAAUUAUUCGCCGAAGGCUCAGUUAAUAUUGUUGAAUAAUCCCCGAGACUUCGUCUCGGGAUUAUUCAAUAAUAUUAACUGAGCCUGAGGUAAAUAAUUGUUUUAGUAUAUACAGACGAAGUGAUCUCAACAGAAUCAGAAAGGAAACAUGACGAUUAGUUUCAUUCACGGAUGAAUUCAUGCGUGAACAUGUAGCCGUAAGCAGCAGAUGCACAACAGUUGGAUCUUUACAGUAUUUUCAGACAUGGCAAAUCAUAGUUUUAAUUUUUUUGUAAGUUUAAGCAUCAAUGAUUGAAAAGAAAAAAACAGUUCGGGAGUAUCCCAGUUUUGGAAGAAGCGAAAACAAUGGUCUACGUCACCAACCAUAACAUGAUCACCAUGGCGAUGGUCAUUUUCAAAACAUACAAAAUGGCGGACAAGGGAGAGGAGAGGAAAGAGUAUUGACCAAAAUUCUCGUUUAUUCUUGUUUUAUCGAGCCUUUUAUUUGUCUUUUCGUUACUAUGAAUUGGGAAGUACCUUGAGGACAGGGAAUAACCAUUCUUGCGCUAUAGUUCUUCGUUUAUCGCGCGCUUAGUAGGCACU